AUGAUAUAUGUAUGGGAGUUGCCAACACCUGAUUUAAUAAUUUCUAUUACCGGUGGUGAAAAAACAUUCAAAAUGGCUCAACGGAUAAGAAAUGAAUUCCAACGUCAUUUAGUUUCAAUUGCUAUUCACUCAGAUGCAUGGAUUUUUACCGGUGGUGCAGAUUCCGGUGUGAUGAAAGAAGUUGGUGAUGCUGUUGAUAUUUCUCGAUAUAAAAGUACAGACAGACCAAAACAACUUUCAUGUAUUGGUAUAGCAAAUUGGUAUUUUACAACAGAUUAUGAACAACUACAAAGCGAACGAGAAAGAGCUCCGUGUGGUCCAUUAUAUCCGGAUAGUCCUCAGUUGUAUCGGAUUCGACCAAUUGAAAACCAAGAAAUAAGCAAAAGCAAUCCACUAAAUCCGGAUCAUACACAUUUUAUAUUGUUAGAAGAUGAUUAUGGACCGGAUACCGCCGAGGCGAGAAACCAACAUUUUCUGCAAACAAAUCGUGAUUUAACCAUUACGCGUAACAAUCUUGCUUUAGAACUCCGUGCUGGAAUAGAAGAUGAAGCAAGGAAUGCAUAUAAAACAAAAAAUGUGACACUUGUUCAAAUAUUGUUAAACGGUGGACGAUCAUCUUUAUCAACCGUUUUUAAUGCUAUUGAAAGAAAUAUUCCAGUUAUUGUUAUCAACAAUACUGGUCAAUUGGCUAAACUGAUUGCCGAAACCUUUAAAGAAAUCUAUCCUUUGUACAAACCUGAAGAAUUAAAAUCAGAGGAAACCCGAAAAGCAAAUGCGACAGCACGGAAAGAAAAAGUUUUGACACCAGCAUUUGUUGAAGAACACAGUGGUGACGAGGAAAUUAUUCCAAAAAAAUAUAUGCAAGAAUUUAUUAACAUGAUCCAAUCUCUAAAAGGUUACUAUCUCAUUAACAUACUUGAUUAUGACAAUGAGGGUCAUGCAUUAAGAACAUCCACAUUUUGGGAGGACACAUUGAACAUUUCUUAG